UUCCGUACACUUGCUAGCGCGCGUUGUUUAUGAAAGUUUCGAGGUUAGAAUACGGAACCGAAUGACAAUUACUUCGUUUCGUCGUACAAAAAGUUAUCUCGGAUAAAUCGUUGACCAAAAUGUCAGAUGAGGAAGUGAUAAGAAGAAGAUUGCUGAUAGACGGAGAUGGUACGGGUGACGACCGUAGGAUAAACGUGCUGCUUAAAUCUUUUGUAAAAUGGUCAACAAGUUCGGAGCCAGAUCACAAUACUCACGAGCGAAUGUUGUCUCAAUUGGCGCAAUGUGAAUUCGCACAGAGAAAAUCAAGAUUCGUAUCGACAAUGAGUAACGAAGAGCUCAGAAACUACGAAAUAAUGUCUAAUCAAAUUGAUGUAGAAAUUAAAGAAGCCAUCAAAGAUAUUGAAUUGACCAAAAUCGAAUUGCAGGAAGCUAAACAAAUACGUAAAAAUAGGAUUGAAUACGACGUUCUUGCAAAAGUAAUUAAUGAACAGCCGGACAGAAAAAAAACCAAUUUGAAAUUAGAAACUCUCCGGCAAGAACUUGAUAGCCUGAAGGAAAAAUCUGAACAAUUGGAACACAAAUUGACUAUGCGAAGAAAACAAUUCCAUGUUCUUAUAUCCUCUAUUCACUCGUUGCAAGGAAUGUUAGACGAAUCGGAUGAGGAGAUAAUGGACGUCAGUCUUGAGAAUUAUGAAGAAAAUGAUACAGCUAUGUCACCAAAAAUGGUUGAAUAAUUGACAGAAAAUCUCACAUCUUCUGUUUCCAAACGUUUGACGAAUUCCAGUAGCGUAUGCGAUCCGCAGCUGAUCGUUGUUACUAUUGGAUGGAAAAGAGGCCCAUCCGAAUGUCCCUUUGCAAACAAGAACCCAUGUUUCAUUGUAAUUAAUAAGUAUUUAUAAGCGACUUACAAAAAUACAAUUUAUUCUUACCAUUA